UCUCACUAAAACCCUCUCCCACCAGAAAACCAUCUCCCUUUCUCUCUCUACCUCCAUCCUCUCUCUCUCUCUCUAUCCCCUCCGCCUCCUUCACCCAGAAACCCUAACUCUUCUCUGAACAUCAAUGGCUGCUUCAACUCCAAAAACCAAAACCUUCCAAUCCCCAAACAAAACCCCAACUAACAACAACAUCUACCGCAAAUCGUAUCUCACUCCCCAAACUCCACAGACUCUCACUCCUCUCCGCAGAUCCGCCCGCCAUGUCUCCCGCAAGAUCGAUCUCGGCGACGACCAAGAUAAUCAUCAUCUCAACGCUCCGAUUGAAGAGAUGAAUCUCAUCCGUAAACGAGAGAGAGCGCCCAGAAAACAACCCACCGAUGAACUCAAAACUCCGAAAAAGAGUAAAUCCAAAUCCAAAUCAGAUGCGGCGGAGGAGGUUUCCUUCUCUCCGGUCUCCCCGAUUCAAUCGGAGAAGAAGACAACGCCGAGGAAGAGAAAAAACACCGAAACACUCUCUAGCAAGAGAGUCUACUACAACAAAGUCGAAUUCGAUUCCGUCGAGUUCCAAAUCGGAGACGAUGUUUACGUUAAGAGGAAGGAAGAAGAAGAAGAAGACGACGACGACGUUGAGAUCGAAGAUUGCCGGAUCUGUUUCAAAUCAGGUAGUAUCAACAACGUGAUGAUCGAAUGCGACGAUUGUUUAGGCGGAUUUCAUUUGAAAUGCUUGAAGCCGCCGUUGAAAGAAGUCCCCGAAGGCGAUUGGAUCUGUAACUUUUGCCAGAAGCUUGAGGUUCCGAAGCAACCCGAAGGGAAGAAGGUGGUUAGGACAGCGAGGGAGAAGCUUCUCUCCAGCGAUCUAUGGGCUGCUCGGAUCGAGAAGCUAUGGAGAGGAGGAGGAGUGGAUGGUGUGUAUUGGGUUCGUGUUCGUUGGUAUAUGAUACCUGAAGAGACUGCUUCAGGGCGUCAAGGUCAUAAUUUGAAAAGAGAGGUUUAUUUGACUAAUGAUUUUGCUGAUGUGGAGAUGAGAUCUGUGCUUAGGCAUUGUUUUGUUAAGUCUCCUAAGGAGUUUGCGAAGGCGAGUAAUGAUGGUGAUGAUGUGUUUUUGUGUGAGUAUGAGUAUGAUGUGCAUUGGCAUAGCUUUAAGCGUUUGGCUGAAUUGGUUGAUGGAGAUUGUGAGAGUGAUGACCAUGAAUGGAAGGAGGAGGAGGAGGUUGGUGAUAGUGAGGAAGAGAUGGAGGUUGAAGAUGAAGAAAGUGUGCGUGAUUCUAAGAGUAAGAGAGGUUUAACGAGUUCAAAAGCUGCGAAUUCGCUUAAAGGGAGGUUCUUUGGGCUAGACAAGGUGGGGGCGAAGAGGAUUCCGGAGCAUGUGAGGUGUCAUAAGCAGAGUGAGUUAGAGAAAGCGAAAGCUACUUUGUUGUUGGCGACAAGGCCUAAGUCUCUUCCUUGCAGGAACAAGGAGAUGGAAGAGAUCACUGCGUUUAUAAAAGGUUCCAUCUUGGAUGAUCAGUGUUUAGGAAGGUGUAUGUACAUUCAUGGUGUUCCUGGCACAGGGAAGACUGUUAGUGUACUAUCUGUUAUGAAGAAUCUGAAGGCUGAGGUUGAAGAGGGACACGUAAGCCCCUAUUGCUUUGUGGAGAUCAACGGUCUCAAGUUGGCUUCACCUGAGAAGAUUUACACUGUGAUCUAUGAGGCAUUGAGUGGUCAUCGUGUUGGUUGGAAGAAAGCCUUACACUCUUUGAAUGAGAGGUUUUCAGAAGGGAAACGAAUUGGGAAAGACGAAGAGAAGCCUUGUAUCCUUCUCAUCGACGAGCUUGAUCUUCUGGUUACUAGGAACCAGUCUGUUUUAUACAACAUUUUGGAUUGGCCCACCAAGCCUAACUCCAAGUUGAUUGUUUUGGGAAUAGCAAACACUAUGGAUCUUCCAGAGAAGCUGCUUCCUCGUAUCUCAAGCCGAAUGGGUAUACAGAGACUAUGUUUCGGUCCUUAUAACCACACUCAGCUACAAGAAAUCAUUUCCACAAGGCUGAAAGGAAUCGAUGCUUUUGAGAAGCAAGCUAUUGAGUUUGCUUCGCGAAAAGUAGCUGCGAUCUCAGGAGAUGCAAGACGUGCCCUUGAGAUAUGCAGGCGUGCAGCAGAAGUGGCGGAUUACCGUCUAAAGAACAACACAACCGCAAAGAACCAGCUGGUGGUUAUGGCAGAUGUUGAAGCAGCGAUCCAAGAGAUGUUUCAAGCACCUCACAUUCAAGUUAUGAAGAGCGUUUCUAAACUGAGUAAGAUCUACUUGACCGCUAUGGUUCAUGAGCUUUACAAGACAGGAAUGGCUGAGACAACCUUUGAUAGAGUGGCGACGACAGUGUCGUCUCUUUGUGGAACCAAUGGAGAAGCUUUUCCUGGUUGGGAUGUUCUUCUCAAAGUGGGCUGUGAACUUGGUGAAUGCAGAAUCAUUCUUUGUGAGCCUGGAGAGAGGCACAGGUUGCAGAAGCUGCAGCUGAAUUUCCCAAGUGAUGAUGUUGCUUUUGCAUUGAAAGACAACAAGGAGCUUCCAUGGCUGGGAAAUUACUUGUGAGUUUUUCUGUUUUUGCUGUUUAUUGAAUCCAGAAACUUUCUUUAAGUUAAAGACAAGUUUUGUUGAUUCAUGUUGGAUAAUCAUCUGGACUUGGAUAUGUUUUUUCUUGUUUGAAAUGUUGUCAUGUAUCCUUUGUUUGUGUAAUCACAUACAGAGUUAUGUUUUUUACUCUUCAUAUGCAAGAACAAGGUCCAUGUUAUUGACAAAGCAAACGUUAUCA